UCCACAUUGCAGUUCCACGUGCUUCAUACUGUCCACCAUGCCAACCUUACCUGAAGACAAGGGACAAUCAAAAGAGGCACAACACAACAGUUCUCCUCCAACCAAAGAUACUACUGUUGAAGGGACAACAUGCAGUACACCUUCUAUUGUUCUUCCAGAGAAUGCUGUUAUGCCAGAUGUAGAAAUUGACAAAAAUCUGGUUAACAGGCCUCGUAGUCCUCAUAGGAGACAUUCUAACCGUGCCACUAGGAAUCCAACAAGUUCAUUGACUUCUGUUGACAACAGUGGUCAUGUGAUUGAUCUGGUAAAUGAUCAGCUACCAGAUGUCAAAAUAUCAGAGGAAGACAAAAAGAAGAACCUUGAAUUACUAGAAGAAGCAAAGAAAGUGAGUGAGAGGUUUCUAAUGCGCAGAGGCAGAAAGUCAAGAAGCAGCCUUCCGGAGUCACCCACAGCAGUUUCCCCUACACUUAGUCCUAAAGUUUCACCAGUAGCAUCUCGGAGCAACUCUCUCACUCUUCCAGUUCCAUCAGGAUCUGAUGCAUGCACAACCACUAGUGUCGAGUCAGUAUCUCCAGGGCAGAAUAACAGAACUGUGAAAGAGGAUGACAAGCAAGCUGCAGAGAAUGCUGCAAAAGGAUUAAUUGAUCGAAGGCAGAAUGAUCAAAGAAAGAUUUCUCAGGGAAGGUUGGUUCCUCGUUCUGCUGCUUUUGAAAACUCCAAAGAGAAGCUCUCAGAACAAAAAGAAAACUUUGAUCCACGUAAACAUAUGGAUACUUCACCAAAAUGCUCCCCUUCAGGUGGUGAUGGUGGCAGAAUGUCUCUUAACACUUGCAUGAAUGUUUGUGAAAAUGAACUCGGAAAAUCAUUCCUCAAGAAAGCAAAGGAAAAUGAUGUUCCUUUAAGAACCCAUCUACCAGGACCAGGAAUAGGAAAUAUAGACUCAAAGCUAAAAAUUCCUGUUCCAGAAAUGAGGGACCAUAAAGUUUCAUGUAAACCAGAAUUUAAACUAUGUGGACUGCGUCCUCCUCUACUACGGGCUGUAUCAUGGGAUAGCUCAGAGCCUGGACAGAAAGAUAAAACACCUUUAAAAUUACCAUCUGAGGAAGAUAAAAGCUUUGUUGUUGAUAAUAAAUCCAGCAAUCAAUUAAAAGCAUUCAAAGACCUUCAAAUCCAAGUUCAACCAGUUCGAAUGCAGAAAUUGACAAAGCUCAGAGAGGAGCAUAUUUUGAUGAGAAAUCAAAAUUUAGUCGGACUUAAACUUCCUGAACUUAGUGAAGCAGCUGAACAGGAAAAAGGCCCUUCACCUCUUCCCUCCCCCACUGAAGAGGAAGAGACAAAGAAUAGCUCUGAUGUCAUGCCCAGCAUUCCUGAUGUAUUGCUGCGAAAACUACGAGUGCACAAAUCGCUUCCGGGAAGCUCCCCUCCACUUACUGAAAAAGAAGUUGAGAAUGUAUUUGUACAACUUUCCUUGGCCUUUAGAAAUGAUAGUUAUACCUUGGAAUCUAGAAUUAACCAAGCAGAGAGAGAGAGAAAUCUUACUGAAGAAAAUGCUGAGAAGGAACUGGAAAACUUUAAAGCAGCCAUUACGUCUUCAGCUCACUUAUGGCAUCACUAUGAACACAGAGAAGCUUACCAGAAGCUAUUGGAGGAUAUUGCUAUUCUGCGGCGUUUAGCUGCUAGACUAUCUAGUCGUGCUGAGAUGGUUGGAGCCAUUCGCCAGGAGAAGCGUAUGUCAAAGGCAACAGAAGUAAUGAUGCAGUAUGUGGAAAAUCUGAAAAGAACGUAUGAAAAGGAUCAUGCUGAACUAAUGGAGUUCAAGAAACUUGCCAAUCAGAAUUCUAGCAGAAGCUACAGUGCAUCUGAAGAUGGAGUACCUCGUUCAUCUAGAUCCAUGUCUCUUACUGUUGGAAAGAAUAUGCCUCGGAGGAGAGUCAGUGUUGCUGUUGUUCCUAAAUUUAACUCCUUAAACAUUCCUGGCCAGUCAUCAACAGCUUCACCUAUACCUUCAAUGCCAUCCCUGUCUGAAUCACCUAGCAAUGGAAGGAGCAAUCUAACAUCUACUCCUGUUCUGCCAGCACUUUUAGAAAAUGGUAAGACUAAUGGAGAGCCUGACUGUGAAACCUCUACUUCUGUGCUGACACAGAGUGGGUUGGAAGAAAUCAAUCCUGAAACUAAAGCCAAGAUAGAAGAGGAAGCAUAUAACAAAGGCUAUCAGGAAGGCUUGAAAAAAACCAAAGAACUUCAGGAAGUGAAGGAAGAAGAUGAAGAGACACCAAAAGAAAGUCACGAUGAACAUGAAGAAAGUGAAAAUGAAGAUGAGAUAAAAAGCCUGAAAAGCAGCAGACUUGAAGUCAUCAUUAAUUAUUUACAUAUACUGUACCCCAAACUGUGUAAACACUGGAAUGUGGUAUGGUUUGUAGUGGCUGCGAUAAUCAUUUUUGCUGUGGUGUUGGGAAUCUACCAUUCAUACAACUCCUGUGAUGAAAAAUCAGAGGGACCUGAAGGGAAGGCCAGCUGUUCUGCUGCCCAUCAAUAUUCCUGGUGGAACUCAGGAUUUCAACAUGAGCAACGCACUGAAUAA